AUGUCGGUGUUGAUUGUGACAAGUUUGGGGGACAUCGUUGUUGAUUUGCAUACAGAUCGUUGUCCUCUGACAUGCAAGAAUUUUUUGAAACUCUGCAAGAUUAAAUAUUACAAUGGGUGUCUAUUUCACACAGUUCAGAAGGAUUUUACUGCACAGACAGGUGAUCCUACUGGAACAGGUUCUGGUGGUGAUUCUAUCUACAAAUUUUUGUAUGGGGAUCAAGCUCGUUUUUUUAGUGAUGAGAUUCAUUUGGAUCUGAAGCAUUCCAAGAUGGGUACAGUUGCCAUGGCUAGUGCAGGAGAAAAUCUUAAUGCUUCUCAGUUUUACAUGACACUGCGUGAUGAUCUUGACUACCUUGAUGGGAAGCACACUGUCUUUGGAGAGAUUGCUGAAGGGCUUGAAACACUGAGCAGAAUAAAUGAGGCUUAUGUAGAUGAAAAGAGCAGACCUUAUAAAAACAUUCGCAUCAAACAUACAUAUAUACUAGAUGAUCCUUUUGAGGACCCUCCACAGCUAGCUGAGUUAGUUCCAGAUGCUUCCCCUGAAGGAAAGCCAAAAGAUGAGGUUGAUGAUGAAGUGAGGCUUGAAGAUGAUUGGGUGCCCAUGGAUGAACAAUUAGGUGCAGGAGAACUUGAGGAGGUUAUUCGUGCCAAAGAAGCACAUUCUAGAGCAGUUGUGCUUGAAAGUAUAGGGGACAUUCCUGAUGCUGAGAUAAAGCCUCCUGAUAAUGUGCUCUUUGUAUGCAAACUAAAUCCAGUGACUGAAGAUGAGGAUCUGCAUACAAUCUUUUCAAGAUUUGGAAGUGUGAGCUCAGCUGAAAUAAUCCGUGACUUCAAAACUGGAGACAGCUUGUGCUAUGCCUUUAUUGAGUUUGAUGAUAAAGAAGCUUGCGAACAAGCAUACUUCAAGAUGGAUAAUGCCUUGAUAGAUGAUCGGAGGAUACAUGUGGAUUUCAGUCAAAGUGUUUCAAAGUUAUGGAACCAAUACAGGCGUAAAGGCAGCAAUCAAGCUGGAAAUGGAGGUAAUAAAGGUUGCUUUAAAUGUGGGUCUCUUGAUCACAUUGCAAAAGACUGUUCUGGGAACCCUGAACCUCCAAAAUACAUCUUGAAGGACGAUGGUUUCAACAGAAGAGGUGCCAAUGAUGGCUCCAGGUAUGACAUGGUGUUUGAUGAGGACACACAUGCAAGUCCAAAAAGAAAGAAACAUGUUGAGGUGGAUGAAGAGAAACGAAAAGUGGGCCAUGGCCAUGGGGUUAUGGAUGAAAGAAAACAAAAGGAUUAUUACAGACAUGAUAAAGAGUUGGGGGAUAGAAGAAAAGAUGAUAAUAGGCGACACAAUACAAAAGAUUACUACUACAAGAAGAGAGAUGAGGUGGAUUAUCAUAGACCAAGUAGGAAUGAUGAUAGAGAUAGAGAUAGAGAUAGACACAGAGGAGGUCGUAGUGAUGAUGAUAUUGAUAGGAGGAGGGGGCGAGAUAGGAAAAAAGUCAGUGAUGAAGAUGAUGGUGAAAGAGAUAGAGAUUAUAGAAGGCGAGGUGAUGACUCAUAUGGUAGUAGGAAGAAGAGAUACAGUGAAGAAGAUUCAUAUGAUAAGAAAAAAGUUGGACAUAAUAAGAGGAGUAAGGAGGAAGAGCGAGGUCGAGGUCGAUAUGACAAUAGGGAUCAUAGCAGACGGGAUUAAUUUUGAUAACAUUGAUUGUAUGUGCACAUCACCUGACUUAACUCUCUUUAUGUUAGAUCUAAAAGUUUUGUUGGUUGGUUUUAUUUUUGAAUAUUUCUUCAUCAUUGUUAAUGGCUAUCUUUCUCCUUUGAUGAUUUCAGGACUGACUUCAUUUAGGAAAAUCAAUUCAAGCAUCAAUGUUGAUAGUAUUUGGUUUAAAAAAAGGCCGAGUAUCCGCGCAUAAAGCGCUAGGCGUGCUUCAAACCCUAUAAUGCGAUGAGAUGCUAUUCCUUAACUAGACAAUACUUGCUGUUUUUUUAGCUCUUUUCAUGAAGCAGCUUAACGCUUAGUGAAAUCGACCCUCAGUUUACGAAAAUCGACCCUCAAUUUCUGAAAUUGUCCCUCAAAUUUUAAAAUUCACCUUUAAUUUUUUGAAAUUGAACGCCUCAAUUUAUGAAAUACAGCCCUCAAUUUCUGAAAUCUGAACCUAAAGUUUUGAAUUCAACCGCAUCAAUUUCUGAAAUAUGGACCCUAAGUUUUGAAAUCAACCCUCAAUUGACCCUUAAUGUAUGCAAUAGACCCUCAAUUUCUCAAUGCUGAUAUGUCUGUCACCCUAUUACUAAUUUUCUGUAUCUACCUUCAAAUUUUGUAUUGUAUAGACCAACCUCCUGUUGAUACUCACUUGAACUAGCUUAACCAACAGAAUGACCAAGC